AUGGCACACGCCGCUGCUUCGCACUCGCUCGCCUCAGCGCCUGCGCUGGCGACCAUCUCCGAACAAGCACAAGCACAGCCGCUGCACGUGACUCGAGGCGCCGCACGCAGGGCAGGCUUCCGCGUCACCACACCCAAAUCCAUCUCGACCAUGUCCCGAAGUUCGAGUUCACGGUCCAGCAUCUCGGGUUCCGGUUCCUCCGAUCUGAGCAAGCCGACCCUGUCCAGCUUGUCUCGUCAGCGCGCGGCCAACAACAGCACCGCUAACGCCGCAGCCGCCGCCACCGUCAAAGCCGGAGCCACGAGCUUGUCGUCGAGAAGAAAAUCCGUCUUGGGCGAGUCCAAAAACGUCGCUAUUUCGUCGUCGUCGUCGUCGCGCUCGUUGGCCUCGUUGUCGACACCUCAUCGAAAAGUUGGACGAGUCGAGGCCGGCCAAAUGAUGGGCAUGGGCGUCAUCCGCGUCGGUCCCGCCGUGCAAGCACAACGGUCACCCAAAAAGCUUGCGACACAUUACGACAGUGGUUCGGCGUCGGAUCCUUACUCGGUCGCGUUCGUCGCCCCUCAGUUCGACCGAUCACCUCACCCCGCCGCAGGGGACGAGAAUGCGCAGCCGCGCCAACACUUUGGCCUACCCCCUUCGAGUAGCUCGCGGUCGCUAUAUCAUGUGUCUCCUGAAAAGCGGGUCAGUUCCCAGCUGCCGAGUAG